AUGUCUUUAAUACUCGGGCGCGUCCCGCGCUUUCUGUCAGUACGGCUGGCUACUGUCGGACAUGCUAAACCGACACAAAAAGCGACGUCCCUGGUCCGACUGAUCUCCCAAAACGCAGCUGCAUCAUCGAGGAGCACUGAGGCUAAAGAUCUUCCAUUGGCAUAUACCUGGCUAACAAGAACGCCAGGCCAAAUUACGCCAGAUGACGUCCUUUCGAGCGUAUCCCCCAUUCCAGAGUCCCUCUCGUUAAACUACGUACCUGUCCUCCUAGUCACUACUGCAUUCGCCCACUGGAUUGAUGUAUCGUCGAACCGCUUUCUGGAACAAUUGAUCAACUCUUUGUAUUUAUCUACACCAAACCGCGAAUCGUCAGGACCUCUCCAUGCCAUUGUUGCCGUGGUCGAUAAGCUACCCGACCUCCGCGCCAGGCUCGAAGGGCUUGUCGACAGCAAGAUUUCAUCUGACUCCGAUGGAGUUUCGCUCUUGCUGGUAAAGGCAGAAAAUUUACAGGGAACCAUUGCUGUGCCUCGUCGUGUUCGCAGUAUGGAAGCUGCAGAGUCCAGUUUGGUCUUUACUUUUCAAAACGACACAUCCUCCAAGACUUUGCAGAGGUCGACUCAUGAACUCGGACUGCGUCUCGCCAAUACAAUAUUCAUCAACGGGAAUGACACCACUCUUUUUGGCACGCGCUGGACUUAUACGCCUUCUCAGCAAUAUACCUUAGAGCAGUCAGUGAAUCUCUCCAACUGCACGGUGACCUCAGCGGUCGCUUCCGUCCAAAACUCAUUUAACCUCCCGCUCUAUCCUGUUGGCCAUCGAAGGAGAGUGAUCUCAAGCAUGGGAAAUAUCCUUCGUCAGUUGGCAAAACAUCUGGAUAGUCAAUCAACGGAACCAAUGCCAGCUUCAUCUGAACUGGAAAAGGAACUGCCACGCUACAUUGAGGAACACGGCAUAGUUGACCGAAGGGUUUCUGUUUGGGCCCUGAUUGAGAACUCCGAAAAGGGCUUUCAAUUGGAAAACAACACUAAUAUGCAGGAGAGCCUCGUAAAAGCAAUCCGCGCUGGAGGCAAACUCCAUCGGGUCAUGAGCGGUGGCGGUGGAUGGGGAAAGAAACAAGGCCUUCUAUCUUUGGACCCUGAAACUACGUUCAACGAAACAGACAAUAAUCAGGGGCUCCUAGGCCUGGACAAUAUCUUCGCAGACCAGGAGACGCAAAAUCUCUCAGAUAUAUCUACUCCGCCGCCUGCGUUCUUUGAGAUGCCACAACUGGAUCAAAAAUCAGAGCAUGCCCCGAAACCUCUUCGUCAAGAUGAGGGCAUUCGGCUCAAAUUCGGCAUUGUUGCUGAUUCCGAGACCAUUCCCAGCUCUUCCGAUGGCGAGGAGAAGGAUCUGGGUGUUGUACCUCAGUUCUUUGGUGCGCUAUCGGAGAAAGCAAUCACUUAUUCGCAGCCUGUGGUCGGUCCAGAGGCCUCUAAUUCCCUCAAAUCAAGUGCUAAGUUUGAUAUUCCCGGGUGCCACGUGGAUGCGCCAAAGCACUUCAUCAAAUCAAAGACCUCACCAUCGCUGUACGCUGGGCUGCGGUACCCUGUGGUCAACAAUGUCCUGGAGGGAUUGUUACUCAAGGUGCCUUGUAGACGGAGGGUUAACGGAUUCUAUCGUACAAAUAGUGAUAACUCCCUGAAGCCAUCGCGUCGGCCCCGUUCAUAUACAUCACGUGAUUCGAUACCAGACAGUAUCACGUGUCACAAAGUGUCCGAUGACCUCAUUGACGCCUCCCGACUGCAGUUGAUCCGCGUCGUCUUAUGUCGUCAAAACAAUCGCCUAGUAGUAGGUUUCAUCUCAUACAACUUCUAUGACGUCAUGGGUGUCCAUGGGCUCUGGACGGUCGUACAUCCUUGUGCACGGCCCAUCAAAUUGGAAACUCUCAACAAAAAGCGCCUGGCUGUCGAUGCAUCGAUAUGGAUUUACCAGUUUUUGAAGGCGGUACGCGACAAAGAAGGCAAUGCUCUCCGGAACUCUCAUAUCGUGGGCUUCUUUCGCCGCAUAUGCAAGCUACUCUACUUCGGAAUCCAGCCGGUCUUCGUAUUUGAUGGUGGCGCGCCGGUCCUCAAGCGCCAGACUAUAGCAAACCGGAAGAAACGGCGCGAAGGUCGGCGAGAAGAUGCCGUGCGGACCGCUGGAAAGCUGCUCGCUGUGCAGCUGCAAAGGUCUGCUGAGGAAGAGGCGGCUGUCCGUCGGAGGGGGAGAACGACAAAUGAAGAGGAGGUGCCGGACAACCCUGUUUAUGUCGGUGAUGCUUUCAUAACGGAACAGGAAAAGAAGCAGACGCGGUCAUUCAAGAAGAAAGACGCCUAUCAUCUGCCGGAUUUACAAACCAGCCUUGAAGAGAUGGGGGCCCCCAAUGACCCUCGCAUCAUGUCACAGGAAGAAUUGGAGGAAUAUGCGAGGCAAUUUCAUCAGGGAGAAGAUAUCAAUUUGUAUGAUUUCUCGAAAAUUGACUUUGAUAGCCCAUUCUUCGUCAGUCUCCCGGCGACGGACCGGUACAAUAUCCUCAAUGCGGCCAGACUCCGAAGCCGUCUCCGGAUGGGGUACUCAAAGGAGCAACUAGACAGCAUGUUUCCUAAUAGAAUGGCGUUCUCGAAGUUCCAGAUCGAGCGUGUAAAGGAGCGCAAUGACUUAACCCAACGACUGAUGAAUAUCAACGGCAUGAAUGGUGAAGAUGCUCUGUACAAAUCAGGACAACGUAUUGCCGGAGAACGCGGGAAGGAGUAUGUCUUGGUGAAGGAUGAUACCAUUGAAGGGGGCUGGGUUCUGGGAGUUGUGGGAAACAAAGAAGGCCAGGAGGACAAACCUAUUGAUGUUGAUCAGUAUGGUCAGCAGCUGAUAUUCCCUGGCAAAGAGGAUAAUUCGGAUGACGAUGAUGGUGGCUUUGAAGAUGUGCCUAUCGAAGGAUUGAACCGACUUCCUAAGCUGCCUUUCCUUCAAAAAGGGGGUUUCGGUGAAUCAAACAGGAACCAGAUGCGUGAUAGCUUGGAUACAGGAAGCCCCGAGCUGCAGGAAGCCAACGAUGACUCCCUUUUCGUGGAAGGUGGCCAGAACGAACUAGCGAAUCAUAACCACCAUACCACAGAUACAUUGUUCGAUGCCACUGGAGAUGAUGAUGACGAAACGCUUCAACGAGCGAUCGCGAUGUCUCUCCAAUCUGGUGUUCGUGCCGAUGCCGAUACCAACGAUGAUGAUCUACCUGAAAUCCAGCUUAACCAGAACUACAUGUCCCUUCCAUCUAUCCACGAGGCCCCCGCAGACCUUACAGAUCAUAGUGAUGACGAAGAAAUGGACUUAGUCGCCGCCUUAGCACAAUCCAAGAGAGUACAGAAAGCACCGCCCAAAGUGGCAGGUAACCCCUUCGAUGGUCCGCUUCCCUUUGAGUCACUUAAACCAUUCAAAGCUGGAAAAUCAACCAACCGUGGUAAAUCAGCUGAACAAGAAUCUGGCGCAACAAAACCCGACAAUGAAUCAAGUAAGACGAAGGAUAACCAGAUACUGCCGCCGUGGUUCUCAGGGCCAUCGCAAAGUGUCAAGGAUGUUGAGUUCGUCAGUGAUGAGGUUCACCAUCGUCCAGUGGCGAAGCCGCCUAGUGAGCAGAAUGUACCAGAUCACGUGUUCAUCGUUGGCGAUGAAGAAACGAUGGAGGACCAUGAUUCAGGGGCUUCAAAAGGCUCAAAACCAUUCAUUGACUUGGUGCCGACUCCUCAAUCGAACGGUGGUGGUCAAGAAUCUCAAAUCAAACUCGAGGUUGGACCACAAGUAACUCCUGUCGAAGCACAAGCUACUGAAACAAAGGACGCCGAAGCUUUGGAAGCACAUACGGGAGAUAUCAUUCCAGUGGAUGCGUCCAAUCCAUCUAUGACGGAGAGACACAUCUCCAUUGAUGAUGAAACAGAUUUGAGGCACGCCGAAACGUCGCCAUCGCCUGAGUUCGAGGAUGUUGUCAUACAGCCAGACAGCAUACCCACGGAACCAACUACCCUAGAUCAAUCAGACCAAGUGGAAGAAUAUUAUGAUGACGACAAUUUUUCAGAUCCUGAAGACGAGCAAUUACUCGAACAGCUCGCGGCUGAGGGGGAAGAGCAUGUACGCUUUGCAGCGACACUAAACUCUACUUCUCACACCGAACUUCCAUUUGACUACGAGCAAGAGCUAAGACAGUUGCGGUCUCAGCAAAAGAAGGACCGCCGAGAUGCAGACGAAGUGUCACAAGCCAUGAUUACUGAAUGCCAGCAGUUGCUGAGGCUAUUCGGUCUUCCAUACGUCACGGCCCCUAUGGAGGCUGAAGCCCAGUGUGCAGAAUUGGUGUCCCUCGGCCUUGUUGAUGGUAUCAUCACCGAUGAUAGUGAUGUAUUUUUAUUUGGAGGCACACGCGUCUACAAAAAUAUGUUCAACCAAAGCAAGUUUGUUGAAUGCUACCUCACAACUGACCUAGAGAAAGAGUACUCUCUGUUCCGCACCAAACUCAUCAGGCUCGCCCAUUUAUUAGGGAGUGACUACACAGAAGGAAUCCCCGGCAUCGGGCCUGUAACUGCUUUAGAGAUCCUCACCGAAUUCGGGACACUGGAAGAAUUCCGUGAUUGGUGGACGCAGGUGCAGACAGGACUCAAUAUGGGCAACGAUAGUCAUGCAAUAUUCUACAAGAAGUUCAAAAAGCAUGCUACAAAAAUCUUCCUACCACCAUCUUUCCCCGAUCCCCGAGUCGAUGCCGCGUACCUGGAACCAGAGGUGGAUUCGGACCCGUCUCCCUUUCAAUGGGGAGUGCCCGACUUGCAUGGUCUAAGGGACUUCCUUAUGUCAACAGUUGGCUGGAGUCAAGAACGCACUGAUGAGGUGCUGGUGCCCGUAAUUCGCGAUAUGAACCGCAGAGAGCAGGAGGGCACACAAUCGAAUAUUACUAGUUUCUUCAGCGGUCCGCAAGGAGCGGGUGCUUUUGCACCGCGUGUCCGCAAUGGUGGACAGACAAGGAUGGAGAAAGCAUUUAGUCGCCUCCGGCAGCAAGCUGUAUCUGUGGAACAGGCUGAUUCAAUUGGCAUAGAUAGUCACUUGCAUGAUCCAGCUGCAGAUGGGUCAUUGGAGAGCCCAGUACCAUCAAAUCUGGCGACAGGAAAGGAGACGCGCCCCAAACGAGGGCGUCGUGGAGCACGAAAUGCACCGGAUGGGCACGAUGAUAUGGCGGAGAGGACUGCUACCAACAAAAAGCGUCGGACCCGCGCCAAGUAAAUAAUUGAUCGCAGUGAUGUCAGGACUAUAAUGCAGUGGCUACAUGCUGUUGCUACUACUGAAAAAUAUAUUGAUGAUAG